CUCAUUUCUGUUCUGAUUCCGUUGUGUUCUGUUCGAGUUUAUUAAGUUCUUCUCAGACAUGUAAUUUUCCGUAGCCAUCUCCCAAUACCGGUGAACGCCCCCAGAAUACCGCAGAACAUUUACCAUGUGCACGGACGUAGUUUCUGAGUUUCUCCCGGCAAUGAUAUACUUCGCCUGUGAUUGCUCAAUAGUUUUACCUGGACGAACUAACUGCCACCUCAACAGCAAUGGCUUCAUUAUCAGCCUUCCAAGCCUCUAAGAUUGUGAUUGAUGGCAGCAUCAUGGAAGGGGGUGGACAGAUUUUGAGGAUUGCGUCUGCUUUGAGUUGCUUGACUUGCCAACCGAUCAUGGUGCAGAAUAUUCGAGCAGGAAGGAGUAACCCGGGACUCAGACCUCAACAUCUGAGUGGACUCCAGCUUGUAAGUGAUUUAUGUAAAGGCGAGUUAUUAGGAGGAGCCGUCAAAUCAUCUGAGAUUACAUUUAUCCCGUCAACCAUUCAAUCAGGAAGGUUCAUUGCUGACACAAAAACGGCAGGGAGUGUGGUACUUCUGAUGCAGGUAUCUUUACCUUGCAUGUUGUUUGCUUCAGGACCAACUCAAGUCACUUUGAAAGGUGGCACUAAUGCAGACAUGGCACCUCAGAUUGACUUUACAACCAUGGUUCUUCAGCCAAUACUUGAGCGAUUUGGUGUCAGCUUUGAGUGUGAUAUAAAACGAAGAGGUUACUUUCCUAAAGGAGGUGGUGAGAUACAAGUGCGUACUGUUCCAGUGAAACAGCUUAAGGCUGUGGACAUGACAGAUCGUGGCGACCUAGUCAAGAUUCAUGGAAGAGCAUUCGUUGCAGGAGUGUUACCAAUCAAGAUAGCUCAAGGCAUGGCAAACACAGCAACAAGUAUACUGAAGCAAAGAUACCCUGAUAUUCCAAUUCAUAUUAAGGCUGUACAAGAAGCUUCAGCUAUUGGCAAUGGAUGUGGUAUCACAGUGGUAGCUGAGACCAGUUCAUCAUGUAGACUUGCAGGAUCAGCUCUGGGUAAAAGAGGUGUGCCAGCUGAGAACGUAGGAAAGGAAGCAGCACAGAUGCUUCUUAAUAAUCUGGAGCAUGGAGGAUGUGUAGAUGAAUACUUACAAGAUCAGCUGAUAAUAUUUAUGGCCUUGGCUGAAGGAACAUCACGAGUGCUUGCAGGUCCAUUGACAUUACAUACAAAGACAGCAAUUCACAUCGCAAAGAAGCUCACACAGGCGACAUUUAAAGUCAUAAAUGAUGGAUCUGAGACCAGUGUAAUAGAAUGUGAAGGAAUUGGUCUACAAAGGUAACAAUAGAAAGUAUUGUUCCAUAUUGAAAUACUAUCGUUUAUAUAAUAUUUAAAACAGUUCUUUGCUCAAAAUGUUUAACUUGUGUAUUCAGUCUGUGUUUGGUUUCUCUAUGGUCGGACAAUUAAUGUCUUAAUGAGAAACUGAACAAGAAAUGUAACUCAUUACACACCUUAUUACAACAUGUGAAGUUUGAAAUUGAGGUGUUUCAGAGUUAAAGAGUGCCUAGAAGGUACCUAGAAAGUAUUUUAAUUUAUCUAUUAAGUCAUGUUUUUUUGAGAUUUAUUAGGUUAAACUUAUAAGGUUUGAUUACUGUAGUAUUUAAUUUAGUGGCAAUAGAUCAAGAAUAAGAUCUUCUACUUAAAGGAUCUGUACCGUUUGGUAAUGACUGAAAAUUAAUGGCAAUAGAAACUUAGGUGGUAAGAAGUACAGCGGCUUUGGAUAGUAUAAUGCACUUUGAGAAACAUUUCACUUCAAAGUACUUGGUUUAUGGAAAAAGAUAUAACUUUUCAUCCCCCAAAAUGUGAAUAUAAGAUUACCACAUGUGGUAGUGCUUAUUAGACUGUGUAUUCCUAUUGGGGAUUACUCUUUCUGCGUGGACAUAUUCCCGCCUGAGUUUCGGCAAUAUCUCAAAAAAUGCAACCAGCGACCGGUUCCCGUUGACGUUAACAGUAGCAAACAACCUCCACCUUUGUUGUAACCUGGAAUUGUUGAUUACGUCAUAGACAUCUUUUGCUGUGACUCUUUCUAGAUGGCUUGUAGUGAAUCUUUGUUUAUUCACUUGAGCGUGGCUUGGGCUUUGUUCCCCCUGACGGAACAUGGCGGUGGCUGUGUCUCAAUUGCCAACCAAAGAUAAAGAAUAUGUGGCAGAAAGGCCCUCUUACAAGUUUCGUCUACACGUCUUGAAAAAUUGUUCAUCAGCAGCACUGCAACUUAUUACGAAAACAUGCCUCACUCUUGUCUGUUCUUUGAAAGUCAAAUUAUGUUAAUCUGUGCUGCUGUUUGUGUGAAUUGGAUCGCUUGGUUAAUUGUUUUGGGGUCGCGAUACAACGGAAGUUCAGCGGCAGUGACAUCAGGACACCCUUGAUUUCAAAACCGUCAGUGUUAGCAGUGGAAUAUGCGCGUGUUGCUAUUUGUGUGAGGAUAGAUACAGCACCCCCCCCCAAUCGGCACUGAAGGAGUCGUCUAGUAGCACCAUUGAGUUGAAUAGCUCCACCAGCUCCAAGGAACAGCUGAGCAGAUCGUCAUUUGGGCCCUGACGAUAUGAAAAGAACUUCUGCUUCUGCAAGU